AUGCAGCCUGCCGGGUCCGCCUCACGCCUCGCCGUGCUGGUGGCCGUGGUGGUGCUGGCGUCGUCGGCGGCGUGCUGCCGCGCGCAGCUGGCGAGCAACUACUACGCCGGCAAGUGCGGCAACGCGAGCGUGGAGGCCGUCAUCCAGAGCGCCGUCCAGGCCCGCCUCGCGUGGGACAAGCGCAUGGUCGCCGGCCUCCUCCACAUGCUCUUCCACGACUGCUUCGUCCAAGGGUGUGAUGCGUCGCUGCUGCUGGACGGCCCCAACACGGAGAAGACGGCGCCGCAGAACAGCGGCAUCUUCGGCUACGACUUCAUCGACGACAUCAAGUCCGACCUGGAGGCCGCCUGCCCCGGCGUCGUCUCCUGCGCCGACAUCAUCAUAGCCGCGACCAGGGACGCCAUCGCCCUGUGCGGAGGGCCGAGCUAUGCGGUGACCCUGGGCAGGAGGGACGGCAUGGUGUCGGUGUCAUGGAUGGCCGGCGACCUGCCGUCGCCCCACGUCGACAUCCCCACGGCGAUUGCCAUGUUCGCCAAGAAGGGCUUCAACAGCUUCGAGAUGGCCACCCUCAUGGGCGCGCACACGGUGGGGGUGACGCACUGCUCGGUGAUCGAGGACCGCAUGUACAACUUCAACGGCACCGGCAAGGCGGACCCGUCCAUGGACCCGACGUACGCGUGGGUCCUGACAACGUACGCGUGCCAAAAGGGCCAGCCCUUCGACAACAUCGUCUACCUCGACGACCCCUCCAGCAUCCUCAUCUUCGACAGGAGCUACUUCAACCAGAUCAAGAACCGCCGCGGCGUCCUCCCCGUCGACCAGGCGCUGGGCAUCGACCCCGCCACCUCGUGGAUGGUCGAGUUCUUCGCCACCACCGACUUCUUCCCCGCCAUGUUCGCCCACUCGAUCACCAAGAUGGCCGCCCUCGAAGUCAAGACCGGCACCGCCGGCGAGAUCAGGAGAAACUGCCGGGUUACAAACUAA